GCUUACCACUCCACUUUAAUGGACUCAGACACCAAGCUAAUUGGGAACAUGGCACUGUUACCCAUCAGAAGCCAGUUCAAGGGCCCAGCACCUCGAGAAACUAAGGACACAGAUAUUAUAGAUGAAGCCAUCUACUACUUCAAAGCUAAUGUUUUCUUCAAAAAUUAUGAAAUUAAGAAUGAGGCUGACAGAACACUGAUCUAUGUCACCCUCUACAUUUCUGAGUGCCUGAAAAAGCUGCAGAAGUGUAACUCCAAAGGCCAGGGAGAGAAGGAGAUGUACACACUGGGAAUCACCAACUUCCCCAUCCCAGGGGAGCCUGGCUUUCCUCUGAACGCCAUUUACGCCAAACCUGCCAACAAGCAGGAGGAAGAGGUGAUGAGGGCCUACCUGCAGCAGCUGAGGCAAGAAACCGGCCUCCGCCUGUGUGACAAAGUGUUUGAUCCUCAGAGCGACAAGCCAAGCAAGUGGUGGAUCUGCUUUGUGAAGAGGCAGUUCAUGAACAAGAGUCUCUCAGGCCCUGGGCAGUGAAGCAAAGUGGCAACAACUUUAACCAUUUCCACAGCAAGAUGUUUGAGUCUUUUGCCUUUGUUUUGGAUACAUUUUGUACCAAGAAAGAAUUAAGUGCUUAUGAAUUAAAAAAAAAAAAAAAAAGAAAAAAACCAAACCUGUCAAUGAGUGAUAGAGGGAGAGCAAAAAGAUAAGUUGUGUAAGCAAAUAUUAUUAAGCUGGUGCUUAAUAAGUGAUUUCUAACGUGCUGUUUCAGAUGCAAGCUGCUUUGUAAUCAUGGCUACAGCAUUUAAAACAGGGCUUGUAUUUAAGAGAAGAAAUGAAGAAAUGGGCUUGGCUGUGGGGCACGGGAGCUGUGUCAUUGCUCUGCUGGCUGGAGUCGGUGUCGUGUGUCCAGGGAAAACAGACCUCUCACGCUGUGUUGUCCAGUGCAGUGAUUUUUACCUUGUUUUCAAUAAAAUUUGCUUGUAAUUAACGUG